GGGCGUGGACACAACGAAUGCAUCCAGAGAGAGGUGAAAGUAGCAACGGGCGAUAAUGACGACGGGCUAUAAAACAGAGCGAAGUGUUCCAGCCAGCAUCCACUCGUCUCCAGCUCAUCAGCUCAUCAGCACAAUGACGUACUCCGCACUCCUUGUCCUCGCCAUCAUGGCUGCGUCUGCAUUCGCUCAACCAAUCGAGUAUCAACACCUGAUUCAGAAGCGCGGAAUCAGCGGCUAUGGAAGUGGCGAGUGGGCAAGUGCGGGUGGCGACGAUGGUGGCUAUGGGGGUCACGAGGAGCAGGAAGUGAAGGUUAUCAAGAUCCCGGUGCCCAAAGCAGUGCCCGUUCCAGUACAGCACCCCGUUCCAAUCCCAGUGCCACAACCCUACCCGAUACAUAUCAGGGUGGCUGAACGAGUGGAAGUUCCCGUGUACAAGACUGUGCAAGUUCCAGUGGAGAAACCAGUUCCUGUCAAAGUGGAAAAGGCUGUGCCCUACCCUGUGGAGAAGCCAGUGCCUGUGUACAUCGAGAAACACAUCCCGGUGCCUGUACCAAAGCCCUACCCCGUCAAAGUGCCCGUCAUCAAAUACGUGCACCACUACCUGUCCAAGGGCCACCACCAUUAGAACCUGACCUCGCUCGGUGGAUACAACCAGUCUGACUCCACCCAGGAGACCUCAGAUACCGACUGAAUAAGCAGUGACGUCACGAACCGCUGCUUCACCAUUUACCAUCACUUCGUCUACGUCAUCAUCUCGUUUCACUUUUAUCACCGUUCUGCGUUACUAUUGAAGUCAUAUUGUUGAGUGUUAUAUAAUGUUUAUAUACAUUUUUGUAAUAAAAACCUUUACAAAUCAUAAUACUUUUCGAUA